GAGGACGCCAUUGCCGCCGCAGCUGGGACUCUGGGAGUGAAUGUGGGGGAUUUGGGCAAGUCGAGGUAUGGACGCGAGCCGGACUUGAGAACGACAAUGUCGGCUAAAAAGUGCUCAAGAGGACCCUCGGUGAAAAGGAGCAAUGGAGACGAGGAGGAGUAGGAUGUUCGUCUCGCUUGAACGGAGGGAGAAAAUAAGUGGGCUCCCCCCUCAGCAUGAACAGCAGUAGAAACUGCAGCGCGGUGGGCAACGGUGGCGGCCUGGCUGCACUGGAGUCAGUCUCCAUCGUGACCAUCACCCUCCUGGCGUGUCUGGGCAACCUCCUGAUCGUGGCCACCCUGUACCGCCGCCCUUAUCUCCUGACGCCCAGCAACAAGUUCGUCUUCAGCUUGACGCUGUCCAACCUGCUGCUGUCCGCCCUGGUGCUGCCCUUUGUGGCCGUCAGCUCGGCCAAGAGGGAGUGGGUGUUCGGCGUAGUGUGGUGCAACUUCACCGCCCUGCUCUACCUGCUUAUCAGCUCAGCGAGCAUGCUGACACUCGGAGCAAUCGCCAUUGACAGGUACUACGCAGUGCUCUACCCGAUGAUCUACCCUAUGAAGAUCACAGGAAACCGGGCUGUAGUGGUCAUCGCCUAUGUGUGGUUGCACUCUCUGGUGGGCUGCCUUCCCCCUCUGUUCGGCUGGUCGUCCUUCGAGUUCGACUGCUUCAAGUGGACCUGCGUGGCCUCCUGGCACCGCGAGCCGGCCUACACGGCCUUCUGGGUGGCCUGGUGCAUCCUGCCACCCUUCUUUGUCAUGCUGGCCUGCUACGGCGUCAUUUUCCGCGUAGCCCGAGUCAAAGCCCGGAAAGUGCAUUGCGGGACGGUGGUGGUGGCCCAGGAGGACGCCGGCGGUGCGCAGAGGAACGGACGCAAGAACUCCAGCACCUCCACCUCGUCCAGUAGCAGCCGGCGGAGCUUGGUGUACUCUGGGAGCCAAUGCAAGGCCUUUGUUACCAUCCUGGUGGUGAUCGGGACUUUCCUCAUCACAUGGGGGCCGUACGUGGGCGUGGUUUGUACAGAGGCCUUGUUCGGACAAGGGAGCGUGUCCCACGGGCUGGAGACUCUAGUGGCGUGGCUGUCUUUCUGCAGCGCCGUAUGCCAUCCGCUCAUCUACGGCCUGUGGAAUAAGACUGUGAGAAAGGAGCUGCUGGGAAUGUGCUUUGGGGAUCGUUACUACCGAGAGUCCUUCGCCACACGCCACAGGACGUCCCGCCUCUUCAGCAUCUCCGCCAGGAUUACAGACUUGGGCAUGUCGCCCCACUUGACGGCCAUGUUGGCUGGUGGAGGGCAGCUGCUGGCUCCCGGGAGCAGCACUGGAGACACUGGCUUCAGUUUCACUCAAGACUCAUGUACAGACGUGAUGCUGCUGGAAAACUUCUCCACAGACGGCUCCUCUUGUCCGCAUCAUCACAGCAAUCCAUCCGGGAAGAGGAGGAGCUCGGUCACCUUUGAAGACCAGGUGGAGCAUUCCAAAGCGGAGCAAACGUCAUCAGUGCAGGUGCACGCCGAGGUCCACAAGUCCCUGGACACCUUCGCUUCUUUUCUGGCCAGAACUAUAGAGAGCGACGCCAAGCAAACCCUCUUCGGGGACGCUCUCGCUUUGCCUGCGGGACUUUGCGCAGCUCGAUCGGCGCCGAGGCCUAGAUACCUGGACGGUCAGAGACUGAGGAUGGAGAGCAUCGACGAAGGCAUCGUUAAAGAUGACAGACAGCAGGAGGAGGAGGAGCAGGACUCGCAUAUAAAACCAGCUUGAUAUCAGCCAAUGUUCUUCGCUUCCUACAUGGAUUGUUACACUUUAACGUGAGCAGACAAACUUGAAAAGUGAGAAGACAAGUAUUAUUCAUUCCUACCUUCACAUAGGAAGCCUCGACUACUGCAACAAUAUUGGCGCU